GGGCUCUCUUGUGCAGCUAGUAACUUGUCUCUAACUUGUACUUGCGACAUAUGUAGGUAUGUUCCACCCCUUCAUGUUGUACAACGUCUAUACGUACGGUAAGCGUCUGGAACCGAGGGUAGCUAAUUAGUAAAACAUUAUAUAGUUAAUUGGUAUAGCCUAUCGAGAAAAAUAGUAAACAAUAUACGUUUGUUCAGAGACGCAAUUAGCCACGGUUUAUAAUUUUAGGUAGACCUAGCUCUAGUAGAGAUCCGAACGUCUGAAACCAAAAAUCGUAGGCAGUCUUCCUACAUCAAUUAGGCACUCUGUGACGUCAGAGGUACUAAGGUUCAAGAGCCGCCUGCAUCACACAUGUAUCAGUCAGACAUCCGUUGCUGUCCUAGUGGCAUCCAGUUGUGGCUAUAUUUACUUCGCUACUACAAACUUACGUUCUUUCAAAUUGCCAUUCAACAAUGUGGGUUUUUGGCUACGGAUCUCUCACAUGGAACGUUGAUUUUCCUUACGAGGAGUUCAGAGUUGGAUACGUAACAGGAUUUAGUAGAAGAUUUUGGCAAGGAGACGUCGACCACCGAGGCAUACCUGGAGCGUGCGGUCGUGUGGUUACCUUGGUGGAAAACGAACAGGAAUGUGUAUGGGGAAUGGCAUACAAACUAGCGGAUCAUCAGGUCAAUGACGUCAUUGCUCACCUAGACCGCAGAGAGAAGUGCGGAUAUCACACGAUCCAGGUGACGUUUUAUCCCAAAGACGUGAACCCGGAGCCUUUCACAGUUGCAGUCUACUUUGCACCGGUUGGUAAUCCUUGGUACCUCGGUCCAGCCUCACUCGAUCAAAUGGCCAGAGAAAUUGCUAGCAGAAGUGGUCCCAAGGGUCACAAUUCAGAAUACUUGCUCAGACUAGCAGAGACGGUACGAAAUAUUAUUCCCGAGCAAAAGGACGAUCAUCUGUUUGAACUGGAGGCAAAAGUGAAGGAACUAAUGGCGUUAGCCAAUUGAUGUGCAUGCGACCAGCUAUUAGAUCUAGUAUUGUCCAUAAACAUAUUUAAAUUAAACUUUCAUUUUCGCUACUCAACAA